AUGGGCGAUAAUGGUGAUGAUCAACCCUUUACUUUGUUCAGUAGCAAAUUUGGGGUGAUACUAAUCGCCAUGGGCUCAGCUAGUUUUGUAGUAACAAUGUACCAUCUCAUAGUCAUUUGCUGCCAAAACUCAUCUCAUCAAGCAAGGCGGCACGGGCAACUGACGACACAAACGCCGAGCGCCACCGAAGAAGGAGGUUUCGUGCCGCAUCAAAUUCCAUCUCACAAAUAUGAGAAGAAAAACAAUGAAGAUGAAUGUGUGACUUGUGCUGUAUGCUUGGGAGAUUUUGAAGAAGGUGAAGAGUUGAGGACUAUGCCUUCUUGUAUGCACUCUUUUCAUGUACCGUGCAUAGAUAUGUGGCUCCAUUCACAUCCUAAUUGUCCUGUUUGUCGCGCCGAUGCCACACCUUCCCCGGUGAUGCCUUGCCGGUCACCGGAGGUUGGAUCUGUCGAGGUGAAUGUAGAUCAAGGAAUAGAUAUGAUUCAAAUUAUUGUUGUCCGAUAA